UUUUAUUGCUUUUCGGAGUAUGAGAGUAAAAGUGCUACUUAUGCUAAGACUUAUCGAGAAGGGUCUACUGUGUUCGCUACUUUGCUUCAAUUAGCGUAAACAAAAGAGAGGAAGAUGUCGGACGAAUGUCAAUCUGCUGCACCAACUUUUCCAACAGAGUCCAUCAAAGUCAUAGCAGAGAGCAUUGGGAUUUCACCAGUGGGAGAUGAUGUUGCCAAGGAAUUAGCGGAAGAAGCUACGUUUAGACUAAAGCUUCUAAUUCAGGAUGGGAUGAAAUUCAUGCAUCAUGGCAAAAGAAAACGAUUUGCAACAUGUGAUUUUGACCAUGUUUUAAAAUUAAAAAAUGUUGAGCCAUUGUAUGGGUUACAGUCUGUUGAACAUAUUCCAUUUCGGUUUGCUUCUGGUGGAGGACGAGAGUUACAUUUUGUGGAGGACAAGGAAUUAGAAAUUAGUGAGAUGGUAUCAGGUCCAACUCCAAGACUUCCCUUGCAAAUAACAAUAAAACCACAUUGGCUGGCCAUCGAUGGCAUUCAACCCACGAUUCCUGAAAAUCCACCACCUAUAACGAAAGACAUCCAGAAGAAGGAUGCAGUUGAUCCAGCAUCAAAACUAUCAACACAAGAUACAAAAGAUCAAAAGCAUAUUCAUGGCCGAGGAAUGAAGAGCAUAGAAACUGUUAAAGUUAAACAGUUGGCAACUCAUGAACUCUCAGCUGAACAACAGCUGUAUUAUAAGGAGAUAACAGAAGCUUGUGUUGGUUCAGAUGAACCUAAACGAGGGGAAGCAUUACACAGCUUGGCAUUUGACCCUGGCCUUUACCAGAUGGUGCCAAGAUUGUGUACAUUCAUCGCAGAAGGAAUACGUGUCAAUGUUGUUCAGAAGAACCUUGCUCUCCUCAUCUACCUAAUGCGCAUGGCCAAGGCUCUCCUGGAUAAUCAAACACUGUACUUAGAGAAAUAUAUGCAUGAAUUGGUUCCAUCUGUGAUGACUUGCAUUGUAAGUCGACAACUAUGCAUGAAACCUGACAUGGAUAACCACUGGGCCUUGAGGGACUUUGCUGCUCGCCUUAUAUCACAGAUAUGCAAGAAUUAUAAUACAACCACAAAUGGUUUACAAACUCGUAUCACCAGGGUUUUUUCACGAUGCUUGAAAACUGACAGAACAGCACUUUCCUCAGUUUACGGUGCAAUUGCAGGUCUCUCUGAGCUCGGUCCUGAAGUAACCAAAGUGUUUGUUUUACCAAAGUUGCGUGCCUUGAGUGACAAAAUCGAACAGUGUAUGGAAGGCACAAAUGCUUAUGAUAAAAAUGCUGCUGCUCACAUCAAAGGCCUUCUGUUGAAAACUGUAGCUCCUGUUUUGAAGACUUUACGAAGUCCUCCAGAUGUUGUGGCUGACUAUAAAAUGGAAUUUGGCUACCUGGGCCCCCAAUUACAAAUGGCUGUAGUAAAAGCCCGUCAAGCACCACCUCCACCAACAACAGCUCUUACAACACCGAUCAGAUCUAUUACUCCUACCACAACUCGUAUUAUUCAGCAAGGUACUAUGCCUGGAAUGGGUGGUUUAGGAUCACGCACUGUAGUUGUCAAUAAACCUCCUACCUCUAGUUUGGCUUCACAGCAGCCGGGUCAAAAAGUCAUUAUCAUGACCUCGCGUCCUCCAACACCAAGCCAGUGUGUGACCACAGAAACAAUGGGAGGAGUUGUGAAGACUGCGGUCGUCAAUACUGGCCCUAGUCCUUUUCCUGCAGGACCCAUGGCAACUUCUUUAUCACAAGCAGCUUUAGCUUCCUCUGCCAUUUCACAGGCUGCUGCUCAGAAACCAACAAAAUACGUAGUUGUUACAGGAUCAAAUGGUGCCAUCAAAACAGAAAUAAAGGAGGAAGCAGAACCCAGUCCACAGCAACCCACCGACCUCACUUAGUUGUGUAUAAGAUAUUGGUAUUUCUACUGUAGAUAUGUACAUACUUCCGUAAAGGUUUAAUAUUGUGUUAUGAUAUGUAGAUAUUUAUUUAUGUGCAGAUAGAAUGUUUACUUUCCAUUUUUUGAAUAAUUUUCAUAUACAUUGUUUUAGUCUUGUUUUUUUAACCUGAAAAUGACUGUAGUUCAAAUGGUGUGGCAUUAUUAAAGAUAGACUAAUGCAUCUCUUUUCAUACAUGAAAAAUAUUUUUAUCACAAAAUUUACCCUACAACCCCGGUGAAGUUGAUGCACAUAGCAGCAAGGAUUUUGGAAUUUUUAUACAUGUUCUCUGACAUUCAGUACCAGAAUUUAUCACAUUAGCAGUAUCUUGUUUUGAUUAUUUGGUUAAAACCAAGGUUAUUCCUUUUGUUUACAGUGAUGCUUCCUCUUUACAUUCUUUCAUAUACUGGAGGGCAGAAUAUUUAAUUUUGUAUUUAUAUACCAGUUACCAUUAUUGUAUUGUAGUUCAGUACUAUUCCUCUUUCAUGCUGUGGAGCAAAAUUUCCUGCAGUAUCAUCUUGUUAUUAAGUUCAGAUCCGGGAUACAGCAGUUACUUUGUUUAUCAUGUUUAUUACACGCUGAGAGAACUUUUCGAGUGCCUCAUGUUUCUGGAGCCAGUAAGUUAUGAUGGAUGUCUUUUACCGUAAUAUUUUUAAAGUUCAUAGAAUGUACAAUUUCUGAAUCAUAUGAAACUAUUAUUUUUUAUUACUAUAUUCUUUGUAAUCUAAUGGGCUUUUUUUUUUUUUUUUUUUUUUUUUUUUGCAUGUUCCUUUGCAAUUGUAUCAGUGGAAGUGUCUUUCAUACUUACACUUUGAUAAUCCUGAGUUAAAAGGCCAACAAUUGUGCAUCUCAAUAUUUAAUUAUCCUCGGUGCAUAUUUUUCAUUUUGUCUUAAACUCAUAGGAUAAAUACUGUAAUACAGACUAUUAAAAUUACCAAAACGUGUGUGAUACAUUUUGAAAGUUUAGCUGGAUUCAUUUGUUAAAAUUAAAUAGCAUAGUUGCUUCACUGAUUCUUUGUUUGAGAAACAAAAAUUUAUGAAGUGUGGCAAGGUACUGCCUGUCCCAUGUGCACCAGUUUGCGUUAGUCCAUCAGACUUACCAGGUUAUUAUGAACUUUCAUUCCACUACCUUAGUUCAGUGAAACAAUUUCUGUAUUGCACAAGUAAUAAAGUUCUCAGUAUUUUUCUCACUUUGAGCAAAGUUUCGAGAAUUUUGUAGACCCUAUUAUAAUGACACCUUGCUGAGGUUCAUUGUUUUAUGAAUUUUUUUAAGAAGUUUCUUUCAGCUGUAGUACUUUUUUAACAUUAUAAUUCUUUAAUGUAUGUACUGUAGCUUUGAGUAAAUCUGGCACAACUAGUUCUUAUUUAUUACAGUACUACUUUUAUUUUGAUACUCUCAAUGUCAUUUUGGUGUAGUCUUAUCACUUUAUUAUAUUUAGGUUGAAAGUUAUUCAUGUCACCCCUUUAAGCUAGAUUUUAACAAUUACUGACAAGUACAAGUAUCUGCCCAGGCACCUCUACCUAAAAUGCUAUAUUGUUACAGUUUAGCUGUGUAAUUUUGAGAGAUGUUUGAAAGAGAAAAUCUAAGUGGAACAGUUUGUGUCCACAGUCUUCAUUCUUCAUUCAUAGAGUUUCACCUCAUUUACUUUGUCAUCAUUCUAUUGUAAGAGGUACAUGUAAAUAUGAUUUUGUAAGAAUACAUUUUUUUUUU